CCUCUUCCACUCACAACUACAAGCUCUCUCCAAACACUCGCUCACUCACUCACUCACUCCACACACCCAACAUUCACACAUCUAAUAGUUUGGCUUUUGCAUACACUACAGACUCACCUCUACCGAAACCAUUUACUCAACUCUACCUCAUCACCCCACGAUGGCCUCCACCCCCUCGCCCGGCCUCACCCCCUCCCAACUCGCCGACUUCCACCGCGACGGCUACCUCGUCAUCCCGGACGCCCUCCCACCUUCCACCGUCUCCGCCCUGCUCGACGAAACCCACCGGCUGCUCGACAGCCUCGAUCUGUCCACCCACCCGCUCACGCGCUUCCGCACCGGCGGCGAGGACGGCACCGACCACGUCGGCGACGACUACUUCCUGACCUCGGGCGACAAGAUCCGCUUCUUCCUCGAGGACGACGCCUUCGACGCCGCCGGCACCCUCACCAAGCCCAAGCACCGCGCCGUCAACAAGAUCGGCCACUACCUGCACGGCCUCUCCCCGCCCUUCGCCGCCCUCACCAACCCUCCUCCCCCCAACACCACCACCACCACCACCACCCCCACCCCCAACGACAACGACAACAACCCCCCAAUCACAACAACCCCCCACCCCGCAUCCAUCGCCCGCUCCCUCCACUUCACCGACCCGCGCGUCCUGCAAAGCAUGAUAAUCUGCAAGCAGCCCGAGAUCGGCGGCGCCGUCCCGCCCCACCAAGACUCGACCUUUCUCUACACCGACCCGCCGAGCGCGGUCGGGUUCUGGUAUGCGCUGGAGGACGCGACGCUGGCGAACGGCUGCCUGAGCUUCCUGCCCGGGUCGCACCGGUGGGCGGGCGUGGAGCGGCGGCUGGUGCGGAGUAGUAAAGGGACGGAGAUUGUGGGGAAUGAGGGGGGGAGGCGGUUUCCGGAGGGGGGUGGUGAUGGGGGUGUGGAGGGGAAGGGGGAGGGGGGGGAGUAUGUGCCGGGGGAGGUCAAGGCGGGGUCGCUGGUGUUGAUUCAUGGGAAUUUGUUGCAUAAGAGUGAGCGGAAUUUGAGUCAGAAGGGGAGGAUCAUUUAUACGUUUCAUAUCAUUGAGUGCGGGGAGGGGUUUACGUAUGAUGAGCGGAACUGGCUGCAGCCGCCGGAGGAAGGCUUUAUGAGGCUGUAUGGGUAGAGGAGGUUAUGGCAUGACUGGUUGGUAUAGCAAAUGUCAGAGGAUGGCUGAAUAUAUUGUCUAUGUAGCGCCGGGCUUCCGACCAACCCGGUGUCUAAGAAUUUGGAGGGACUUAACUUCUGUGACUAAGGUUGAGGAGAUCACAUUCGAUAAUACCUACAUAGGUAUGUAGUAUUGGCACGGAAAGCACUCGUAACACCGCAAC